CUGCCGCCCGUCCUGUGCCCUCAGGUCAGGAGGGGAGCGGGGGGGGCGAGCCCUGCGACAGCUUCACAGACCUCAACCUGUCCCACUGCUUCAUGGGAACCAGCCUGUACGUGCGGCUGCUCCUCUACACCCGCGCCAACCUCGACUGCGGCCGCGAGAUCGACCACCACCGCCCGGCCUCGCAGGCGCUCUUCAACCUCUCCCGCCCCACCGCCUUCGUCAUCCACGGCUACCGGCCCACCGGAGCGCCCCCUAUCUGGAUCGACCACAUAGUCCACCUGCUGGCCGGGCAGGAGGACAUGAACGUGGUCGUGGUGGACUGGAACCAGGGGGCGGCAAACCUCAACUACUUCACGGCUGUGGCCUACACGAGGGAGGCCGCGCACAACCUGACCGGGUUCAUCGAGACCAUGGAGGAGGAAGGAGCCUCUCUGAGUUCGGUCCACCUCAUCGGCGUCAGUCUGGGAGCUCACCUGGCCGGAUUUGUGGGAGCAAACCUGAAGGGAAAGAUCGGACGCAUCACAGGUCUGGACCCGGCCGGGCCGAUGUUCACCAGUUCCACACCGGAGGAGAGGCUGGAUCCCUCGGACGCCAUGUUCGUGGACGUUCUUCACACCGACAUGAACUCGUUCGGUCUGACAGGAGCUCACGGUCACAUUGAUUUCUACGCCAACGGUGGAGCCGACCAACCAGGAUGCCCCAAAACCAUCUUUGCAGGUAAAUCUUACUUUGUGUGUGACCACCAGCGCUCGGUGUUUCUGUACCUGUGCGCUCUGAACCGAACCUGCAGCCUCACCGGUUACCCCUGCUCGUCCUACAGCGACUUCCUGGACGGGAGGUGUCUGCAGUGCGAGGCCUUCAAACCGGCGUCCUGUCCCGUCCUCGGUUAUGAUUUCAGCCCCUGGACGGAGACUCUGCUGCGACUCGGACAAACCAAAGUCUUCUUCAGCACCACGGCCAUGCUGCCGUACAGGA